UUUGGUGCGAAGAACGGGAAGCAAGUUCAAUGCCGUGAUUCUGAAGCGCUUGUUCAUGAGCAAGAUAAACAAGCCUCCACUGUCCCUCUCCAGGCUAAUUUCUUUCAUGUCGGGAAAGGAAGGUAAGAUUGCUGUUUUGGUGGGCACCAUUACAGAUGAUAUCAGGGCCUAUGAAGUCCCAGCUAUCAAAGUUUGUGCAUUGAGGUUCACCAAAACUGCAAGGGCAAGGAUUGAGAAAGCUGGCGGAGAAUGCCUGACAUUUGACCAAUUGGCUCUGAGGGCUCCAUUGGGGCAGAACACGCUUCUACUCAGAGGUCCAAAGAACUCGCGUGAAGCAGUAAAACACUUUGGUCCUGCUCCUGGUGUUCCUCACAGUCACACCAAGCCAUACGUGCGUGCUAAGGGAAGAAAGUUUGAGAGGGCUAGGGGUAAAAGAAACAGCAGGGGAUACAAGGCUUAGUUUUUCUCAUUAUAUUGUUAUCAACAUUAUCAAGUUGUCUUCUUUUGUAUCUUUGAAUCAAAUUUUGCAAAAAGACUUUUGUU